AUGGAAGACAACGAUGAAGGAUUUACUUAGGAAUUCGAAUUUGAUAAUGGAAUGAAUUUGAUAGUAAAAUAGCGCAGCAGUAUCAAAGAAGGGGGCGGAACAAUAUGGGAUGCAGCUUAUGUUUUAAUACAUUUUUUCAUGAAACACCCAAAAGGACUCUAAGAUUUUAUGGUGUUAGAACCUCAAAAAUCCUAUACGAUGGUAGAAUUAGGCUCAGGAACUGGAAUAGCUGGUCUUGCAUUCGCUAAAUUAUUCCCAAAUUCAACUCAUUAUCUUACUGAGUACAGCCUGAGUAGUUUGAAAUUAAUAGACGAAAAUAUAGAUCUCAAUAAACUAAACAAAGAUCUAGUGAAAUCAUGCACCUUAGAGUGGGGAGUAGAAUAAGCAAAAUAACUAAAAUAAGAUUUGAAGAUUGGGAAGGAAAAUCAUAAAGAUAUAGAUAUUAUUAUAGGUUCUGAUAUAGUUUAUCUGGCUAAAUAGUUUGACGAUCUACUUUAGUGUAUACUAGAACUAGGUACAUAAAAUCACACAAGAGUGAUAUUUGGUGCUACUGAACAUGGCAAUUAUGGACUGUUUCAGAAGAAAUUAGAGGAAUAUUAGGAUAAAAUAAAGAUUACUUAUGUCAGCUUGGAUUACCUAGAUGACUAAUUUAUGGCAGAAGACAUCAAAGUAUUUAUUAUGGAUUUGAUUUGA